AAGGUGAAUUCAAUAUCGGCCUACAUCCGGAAAAAUGAUUACCGCCUUUAAGGUAAAUGGAAAGCCAGUGCCUUAAUGUUACAGUUCUAUUUGUGUACGUUUUUAUUUUAUUUUUUGUUUCUGUUUUCUUAAUCUGUAACAAACAUUGUUAAUUCGAGAUAACCAAAAUUUGACUUAAAAUGUUAAUUUGUGUUCAUGUUUUCGGGUAGGAACUUGAAAAUGUCUUCGAGAUAACCGAAAUUCUGAGCUAAGCGAGUUCGAAAUGUCGCGUUUCAACUGCAUUAAACAAACUUUUACAAGUAUGCAUAGUAUUACACAUGCCGUACGAUUGAAUGCUACCUCCUAUCUUUACAGACAUAUCACAUGAAAAUUUAGCGCUUGGAAAACCAACAAAGUUGAGCUCCACCUAUUUUAAGGCUGGUUAUGGCAGUGCCUCUUCAAAUCUUGCCGUUGAUGGCAACAAGCAAUCUUACAUGGUACAACCAGGUCGGUUUGUUUGCGCACAUACAGGUUAUCAAGCGUCUGGGGAUUUUUGGUGGAUGGUGGAUUUGGAAGAGAUUUACCCAGUUUCUAAGAUCACCAUUUUGAACAGAAAGGACUGCUGCUCGCAAUUACUACGCAAACUCAUCAUCACAGUUGGAGAAACCGAAAAUGACUCGCAGAUAUGUUCUGAAUAUGAGGGUCCUGGAGGUCCGGGAGAAACUGUGGUCAUAAAAUGUGAGACACCACUGUUAGGGCGGUUUGUACGGAUCAGUAAAUCUGUUAGAGAGCUUAUAGCAAUGUGCGAAGUUGAAAUUUAUCGCUAAUUUAUUCUACAAAUGUUAUCACCAGACUUACUCUUUAUAUGCCAUACACAUGCAAACUUACAGUAAAUACAAAUACGCAUACUCGCAGCUUAAUGCUAACCGAUUUAAAACUUAUUAUCUGAGUCUAAAUGCGCCGAUACAAUGAAUUUGUAAUGAAACAAGAAUUUUGUGUUGUGUUUGUGUUGGGUGUGCCUUUUGUAUUAACUGAUAGCCAAGUUUAACAGGAUCAAACAUAUUCUUACUGUAAUAUCAGUAAAUUAUUAAAUAACCUUCCCUUUUGGUAACUGUAAAGAUGACGUAAUGUUGAUGAUGAUGAAAACCUACAGGCACAUAUUUUGUAGUGAAUAAUUAUAUAUGCAUAAUUAUGAAUAUUUAUACAAUAAAAUUGUUGCUUGAAGGUGAUGAUAAUGAUGAUGAUACGGUAGUGUUUGAUGAUGAUGAUGAUGAUAAUGAUGAUUUAUUUAUUAUUUAUAUAUAUUCAUUUGUUCUUAUCUCGAUCAUCACGAUCAUCAUGUAAUGAAAAUUGUAGUGGUUGAAGAUGAUGAUGAUGAUGAUAUGGUAGUGCUUGAUGAUGAUGAUGAUGGUAUUUACACAAAAAUAAAGGCUUUAGUUGAAUAAGUGUACAUUAUUUGCACAAGAAUGAGUUUUUGAAAACAGUUGUUUGUAAAGAUGAUGAUGAUUAUGAUGAUAAUGAUGAUGAUAAAAACCUACAUACAAAAAGAAAUGUUUCUUGAUGAUAAUGAUGAUGAAAAUAAUAUGAUUGAUAGAAUAAAUGUAUAUGCAUAAACAUUCAUAAUUAUAUAUAAUAGAAAAUUGUUGUUUGUAUUGAUAAUGAUGAUGAUGAUGAUGACGAUAAUAGUAAAAACGUACAGAAAUAUAGUGUGUAGUGAAUAAGCAUAAAAGACUACAUGUAAAUAAAUUACAAAAUUAUGACUGAUAAUGAUAAUGAUAAUUAUGACGACAUUAAUAAUGAUGUGUAAUAUCAUAAAUCUAAAACAUACUCUCCAUUUGUGUAAAUACUUUUGAAUUACAGUUUGAUAAUAAAAGUGAAUUGUCAUAUUUAGAAGAAACUCAUUGUUACAUAUUUUCAAUGUACCUUAAGCUACUGUAUUUAGACUAAAUGAAAAUUAUAUAAUUAUGUAAAUUACUCUCGUUUAUGCUGCAUAUCAUCUGUAAAUACUUAAGUAAGAGUAGUUAGGUGCUUCAUUAUUUGUAUUUGAUUUUCUAUAUUGACAUGAACUUAAAAAAAGAUAUUCACUGUCAUCUAUGGGUAUAUCACCUGCAGAAAUUUAAUGUUGUUGUUGUUGUAGUGUACUUUAAAUUACAUCAUGACAAAAAGAAAUUUAUAUAUACUUAAAUUUUAUCCAUGGUAAAUUUUAUCCAUACAUAGAAAUAUUUUAAGAUAAUCAUAUCAUUGUAGGAAAUUAUUUUGAAAUUAAUAAACACAAAUUAUGAGACCAGAAUAAUGAUAAUUAAGUUCUUUUCAAGUGUUAUUUUUGACAGUAUGAAACUUAUAUAUAUGAACUAGGCUAUCAUCUAUAAAUCAUCUAUAAAUACCUUUUAGCCCCAUGUGAUUCUAUGAAAAGAAUUGGAACCACUCUUACCCUUGCAUGAUCGUAAGAGGCGACUAAUAGGGUCUAAAACUUGGUUUUGCAGUAACUCUGUGAUUCUAGCAGGUAUGCAAAUUUGAUUCCAUACCUCAUGUUUUUAUUUCGAUGUAAGUGAGAUGUGGAACCAAAAUUUGUAGUCCUGUUUGGCGCCAUAUAACCUAUACUGUGUUGGUGCGCCCUAAAACCCAAAUAAAUUAAUAAAUAAAUACUUUUUAAGAAUAACUAUGUCCAUCUGGACAUGUGUUUGAAUAACAAUACUAACUUGAAAUUUAAAAACAAAAUAAUUAUUUUAUUGUUAUCUAUUAUACUAUUUACUGAAACG